GCCGCGCCGGUCGUAGGAGAGGACCCCGCCGCGAGCGCGUCCCGUCGGGUCCUUGAGCCUGAGCGGGUGGUGUAGCCAUGGCCUUGAGGCUCCUGACCCUGGCACCGGCGUGCGCGGCUGCGAGCGGCCUCGUGGCUGGUGGCCUGCGCGUGGGACGAAUUCAUACCGGCGUACAGUGCAAGCUGCGGUAUGGGGCUUUGGCGAACUUCCUUGGUGACAAGGCAUCCAAAAAACUGACAAAAGAAAGCAAAGUGAUAACUGUAGACGGCAACUUAUGUUCUGGGAAGGGCAAGCUCGCAAAAACAAUAGCAGAGAGUCUAGGCCUGAAGCACUUUCCUGAAGCAGGGAUCCAUUAUAUAGCCAGCAUUUCGGGAGACGGAAAGCCCCUGGAUGAGGACCUCACUGGCAGUUGUAGUUUGCAGAAGUUUUAUGAUAACCCACAAAGCAAUGAUGGCAACAGCUACCGCCUGCAGUCCUGGCUGUACUGCAAUCGCCUCGUGCAGUACGCAGAUGCCCUGGAGCACCUGCUGAGCACAGGACAAGGUGUGGUCUUGGAGCGCUCCAUCUACAGUGACUUUGUCUUCAUGGAGGCGAUGUAUAACCAGGGCUACAUCCGGAAGCAGUGUGUGGACCACUACAACGAGGUGAAGAAACUCACAGUCUGCGAGUACCUGCCUCCCCACCUGGUGGUCUAUGUCGACAUACCCGUGCCAGAGGUCCAGCGGCGAAUCCAGGAGAAGGGUGACCCGCACGAAAUGAAGGUCACCUCUGCCUAUCUCCAGGACAUCGAGAAUGCCUAUAAGAAGACCUUCCUCCCUGAGAUGAGUGAGAAAUGUGAGGUUUUGAUAUACAGUGCAAGGGAUGUCCAAGAUGCAAACAAGGUGGUAGAGGACAUUGAAUAUCUCAAGUGUGACAAAGGACCCUGGCUGAAGCAGGAUGACCGCAGCCUUCACAAACUGCGGUUGCUGGUUCAGGAUAAGUUGGAAGUGCUGAAUUAUACAACUAUCCCUGUCUAUCUCCCAGAAAUCACAAUCGGAGCUCACCAAACUGACCGGGUCUUCCGCAAGUUCAGAGAGCUGCCAGGACGCAGGUUCGCCCCUGGGUACAACGCCGACGUGGGCGACAAGUGGAUCUGGCUGAAGUGAAUGUUCCCGCCACGUGAGCUGCAUCAUGGCACCAAUGAUGUGUCUGCUCUGUGGACGCUCUGCGGGGAGUGGAUGACCUGAAAGUCACACGGCAGAAGAGGUGGCCCGGCAGAGGCAGUCUCCCCUGUCGUGAGUGAAGUGGCGGGAAACGGCUGCCCAUGAAGAGGCUUGGAGCCUCUGGCUUUAUUGGAAGCACUGUCAUUCCUGAGGAGCAGAUGCUGGGCUGGUGGAGGCGAGCCCUCUCGAAGCCGCUUAUCUCACAGCCCUGGGUCCUGCAGCUCUCGUACAUGUUCUUCAGCUCCCGCCAUACAGCCAUUGAAUGGAAAUGCUGCCCCCACCUCUGCACACGCACACGCCAGGCACACACGCACACCUGUGUUCGCCCACACUCCCCGCUGUCUAUUCAUGUGGUUCGGUUUGAUGCAAGCGUAUCAUAUUAAAGAGAUUUUCUCAAGGUUU